UCAUAAUCAAUCGACUCUAAACCAACAAUUCAACUUGAUGCCACCCAAGUAGUUUGGCUUUGGCUUUUGCAUUAAUAAAUUAGGGAUCGAAUUUGGAAAACAAUUGUAAAGAGAAUAAAAGGGAAGUGGAAAACGAUCAAUCGAGCAAAAAGUUUACAGAAAAAAACCCCAAGAAACAGAACCAAAAAAAGAAAAAAAAAAUGAAGGAAAAUAUAAAUCAAUAAUGAACUUUGUGUAUUUAUUUCUCUACUUUCUCUCAUCAAAUCCCACCUCUGCACCUCUUCUCUUCUCCUCCUUCCCUUCCGCAAUCUUUUUCACAAACUCCCAUCAAUUCACAGCGAUCCCGGCAGCUCCUUCUUCCACAAAUGCUUCUUCUCGACCCCAUUCUUCUCUAAUUUCUGGAGUUACCCUGCAACUGUCAACGAAAGAUUUGCAUUGCCUUUCCCUCUUCCCACCUCCAGUUUCGCGCUCUGAUCGAUCACUCAGUGGAGGGGUUGAGGUUCACAGCUUCAGGCAUGUGGAAAUGAGUUUAAAUUCCCUUUCUCCGCUUUUCCCGGUUCUGUUUUGGUGGGUUCUGCUUACAGUGCCUUGGUUCAGUUCAUUUCGGGGGUGUUUGGCGAUCGUCUGUGAUUCUUUUGCACCUUGUUGUGCUUCUCAAUUUCUGGGGUUUAGAUCUGUUUCUGAUGAGGUGGUUGUGCUUUUCCUGUUUAGGUUGGUUGCGAUAGUGAUGGGUUAUUUGGCUUCAGAGGGGAGGGUGGAAAUAACAGGAUGACUGAGUGAAGCCAAUUGCUUCGGAUGAGGGCUGGAUUUUAAGGGUAUGUGCUGGUUUUGAUCACUUGUUGAGAUGGAGGCGAAGUUAUUGUAGUCAAAUGCUAGCAAUGGGGUUUUUGCUUCGCUAUAGUGUUGUGGCUACUGGAAUUAUGAACGCUAUCUAGGACUUCCCUUUUUCUCUUUCCGGAUUGAGGGCUGUUUGAUAGUUUGGCUGUUGGGUGUAUUUGGAGCUUCAGUUCGGUAUCUGAGAGUAUUAAAGAGGUAUUUUUUUUCCUAGCUGCACAAUUCUGUUUCUGCCUUGGGUGGAAGCCAUAUGGAAAUGCUUCUAGGAUGAGAUGCUUAUGCUGAACAUGCCCUGCUACCUCUCUCUUUGGAGGUUCAUCGGUUCUGAUGAAUGUUGGGUUCUUGGUUAACAUUUGCAGUGAACUUGAAUCAUUUUCUUUUCUCCCUUGAGUUUUGUAAUCAUUGGUGGGUGUGGAUUUCCUUAAACUAGUGGUGAAUGUGAUUAGACUAGGACCAUUAAUCUGAGUGAUAGCUUAGGUUCCUGGAAGUGGGGAAACAUGCGUCCGUGGUGGGGGAAGUCGUCAUCUAAAGAAGUGAAGAAGAAAGGGAGCAAGGAAAGUUUCAUUGAUACAUUGCACCGGAGAUUCAAGAGUCCAUCAGAUGGUAAAUUAAGCAGUAGAUCAGGAGGUUCCAGGAGACAUUUAAAUGACACCGUGUCAGAGAUGGGAGCACAAUCUCGGCCGGAGUCCAGAUCACCGUCUCCUCCUUCCAAACAUGUGUCUAGAUGUCAAAGUUUUGCCGACAGGCUUAGUGCCCAACCGCUUCCUCGUCCUGGAGUUCAUUCUGCAGCUGUGGGGCGUGCAGAUUCUGAGCUUGGUGUAACCACUAAACCGAGGUUGGAGAAAGGCCCUAAGUCGUUUUUGCCUCUACCUAGACCUGCAUGCAUCAGGAAUAGACCCAAUCAGGCGGAUUUAGAUGGAGAUUUGGUCACUGCUUCAGUCUCAAGUGCAAGUUCAACUGAUAUUGAUGAUCCUGUUGAUCUUAAUCAACCUAGUCCUCGGGCAACUGACUGUGACCUUGGGACUAGAACAACCGUCAGCAGCCCUUCAAGUGGGGUGCUCAAGGAUCACACCUCUACUGCAUCAACUAUGAAGCCAAGAGAGGUGAAGAAACCAGCAAAGCUCUCUUUGUGUACUUCUACCACUCCCACAUCACCCAAGAGGAGACCUCUACGAGGUCAUGUGCCAAAUCUGCAGGUUCCGCAUCAUGGUGCUUUCUGCAGUGCUCCUGACAGUUCACGGUCAAGUCCUUCAAGAAGUCCGUUGAGAGGUUUUGGAACCGAUCAUGCUGCUAAUUCUGCUCUGUGGGCUGGGAGGCCUUAUACCGACGUCACAUUGCUUGGAUCUGGCCAUUGUUCGAGCCCUGGAUCCGGUUACAACUCUGGACAAAAUUCAAUGGGAGGAGACAUGACAGGCCAAUUAUUCUGGUACCAAACCAGAGGUAGCCCUGAAUGUUCUCCGAUACCGAGUCCUCGAAUGGCUAGCCCGGGACCCAGUUCCAGAGUCCAAAGUGGUGCUGUGACACCUAUACAUCCCAGAGCAGGAGGUAGCGGCACUAUUGAGUCGCAGACAAGCUGGCCUGAGGAUGGAAAACAACAAACUCAUCGGUUACCACUUCCUCCUGUUACCAUUUCCAAUUCGUCUCCUUUCUCUCAUCCCCACUCAACUGCCACAUCUCCAUCUGUGCCAAGAAGUCCAGGAAGGGCGGAAAAUCCAACAAGUCCUGGAUCACGCUGGAAGAAAGGGAAACUACUAGGUAGAGGGACAUUCGGCCAUGUUUAUGUUGGCUUUAACAGUGAAAGUGGUGAAAUGUGUGCAAUGAAGGAAGUGACCUUAUUUUCCGAUGAUGCUAAGUCACGCGAGAGUGCCAAACAAUUAAUGCAGGAAAUUGCUUUGUUGAGCCGGUUACGACAUCCAAACAUUGUGCAAUAUUAUGGGUCAGAGCAAGUCGAUGACAAACUAUACAUAUAUCUGGAGUAUGUAUCUGGUGGGUCUAUCUAUAAAAUUCUCCAGGACUAUGGUCAGUUGGGUGAGCUGGCAAUUCGUAGCUACACCCAGCAAAUCUUGUCUGGCCUGGCAUUUUUACAUUCCAAAAGCACUGUACAUAGAGACAUUAAAGGAGCAAACAUUCUUGUGGAUCCAAAUGGCCGUGUUAAACUAGCUGAUUUUGGGAUGGCAAAGCAUAUCACUGGGCAGUCAUGUCCCUUAUCUUUUAAGGGAAGCCCUUAUUGGAUGGCACCUGAGGUUAUAAAAAACUCAAGUGGCUGCAACCUUGCCGUGGACAUAUGGAGUCUUGGAUGUACUGUUCUGGAAAUGGCUACAAGUAAACCACCAUGGAGCCAGUUCGAAGGGGUCGCUGCAAUGUUUAAGAUUGGAAAUAGUAAAGAUCUCCCUGCAAUCCCGGAUACACUCUCGGAUGACGGAAAGGAUUUUGUCAGGCAAUGCUUGCAAAGGAACCCAUCACAUCGUCCUACUGCUGCACAACUUUUGGACCAUCCAUUUGUCAGAUCUGCUACACCUUCGGAAAGAUCUCUAGCUAGCCCUGAAUCUACAGAUCCACCCCCUGCUUUGACCAACGGGGUGAAAUCUCUGGGAAUUAGUCAAGCUAGAAAUUUCCCUACCUUGGAUACAGAGAGACUUGCUGUUCAUUCAUCUAGAGUCUCCAGAAGUGGCCUUCAUGCCAGUGAUAUCCAUAUCCCAAGGAACAUAUCAUGCCCAGUCUCGCCCAUUGGUAGUCCUCUUCUGCAUUCGAGGUCUCCACAACAUUUCAAUGGAAGAAUGUCCCCUUCGCCAAUAUCUAGUCCCAGAACAACCUCAGGCUCUUCUACACGACUUACAGGUGGCACCGGUGCUAUUCCUUUCAAUCACAUGAAGCACUCGGUUUACUUCCAAGACGGCACUUAUGCAAACAUAUCAAAGCCAUCAUCAAAUGGUAUGUACUCAAAUGGCUCAUCAUAUCAUGAUACCGAUAUUUUCAGAGGAAUGCAGCAGCCUGGGAAUGGGCCUAACAUAUUGUCCGAGCUGGGGCCGCGACUAGUUCUAGGGGAAACUUAUGAUGGCCAGUCAGUGUUGGCUGAUCGGGUUUCUCGCCAGCUCUUGAAGGAUCAUUCAAAGUUGAAUACACCCCUGGACCUUAGCCCUAAGUCGCCUUUGCCCAGCCGGACCACCGACGGUAUCUAACUUACAUUCAUCAUUUUUUGGCAGUCCUACUACCCUAUGGGAGUAACUUAACUUCUAAGUUAGCCUCUCCAGGACGGUAUUGUUUUAUUCUUUUUAUCCAACUUUUGGGAUUCUUUUUUCUAUCCAAGGAUGCUAAUGUAAACAAUAAGGUCACGCGAGGAUGGAAAUGAGGAAUAAGGUUGGUUGGUUCAGUCUUCAGAGAGGGAGAGCGAGAGAGAGAACAAUGCUAAGCUGGCCGAUGCUAGGCACUUCUGGUAAUGUAUUCAACUUUGACCAGUAACUGGAACUAGUUUCCCUCAGCAAGUACCACAGUGCACUUCGUGCAGGCUAUUUUGGGUCGAUUUACUAGGGGCAGCUUGUGGCUGCAUUGUUCCCGUGCAAGGCAGUUGGUCCUUGGAAUACAAGGCAGGUAUAUUCUGUUAGAAGAUCGCUGUGAGAAUAGAACAUGGAGAAGCGAAUUUGGCGCCUUUGUUAGAUUUUGUUCAGGCUGAUGUACAGAAGGUGGAUAAAGUGAAGUGAAUGUGGGAUUUGGAGCUGAGGAAUUUGUUUGGGAAAUGGAGUCUUGUGCAUAUCUGUCUCUUGCCGGCUUCUUAUAGUUUUGGUACAACCGAACUCUGUUUUCUGUUGGAAACUGAAUUUGUUGUUGUAUGUACACACCAAUUUUAGUAUAAUGAAGAUGCAAAGUGGUCGAUUCUGCAAUUGUUUCUGCUAUUUUCUUUCAAUCUACAGGCAGUUGAGAUAGAUCAUUGUGGACUAGAACAAAGGUGUUUCUUGGGUCUCAAGUAUCACAGCACAAGGCCACUACAUAAGCUAGACCAAUACCGGGAAUCCAACUACAUAAAUCAUUACAUUUACACGACCUUGAGAUGUUCAAUAAAUUCAUGAACACCUA